AUGGAUUCAGACUACUCAUUCUCAUUGACAACAUUCAGUCCUUCGGGUAAACUAGUGCAGAUUGAACAUGCCCUUCACGCUGCUGGUGCAGGUGGUUCAGCCAUUGGUAUCAAGGCAAAGAAUGGAGUUGUUAUUGUAACAGAGAAGAAGUUGCACUCAUUGGUUGAUGGAUCAUCAGUUCAAAAGAUAUCAUCGAUCACUGAGAACAUAGGAUUCGUAUACGCAGGAAUGGGUCCAGACUCUCGUGUCUUGAUAAAGAAGGCAAGAAAGGAGGCUGAGAAGUACUAUCAAACUUACAAGGCUAAGAUCCCAGUUCUGCAGCUGGUCAGAGAGGUGGCCUCUGUCAUGCAAGAGUACACUCAAUCAGGAGGUGUGCGUCCAUUCGGUGUGUCACUGCUCGUCGCUGGUUUCGAUGAGAAUGGUCCACACCUGUACCAGGUCGAUCCAUCCGGUUCAUACUUUGCCUGGAAGGCAACUGCUAUUGGAAAGAACAUGGUAAACUCAAAGACAUUCCUCGAGAAGCGUUACAAUGAUGAUUUAGAGAUUGAGGAUGCCAUUCAGACGGCACUUAUCACUUUGAAAGAAGGAUUCGAGACACAGUUGACAGAGAGCAAUAUGGAGUUGGCUAUCAUUGGUGUGGACAAGAAGUUUAGCAUAUUGUCACCAUCUCAGAUCAAAGACUACCUCGCAAACUUGUAA